AUCUAUAAAACCCUAAUAAAUUCUUUGAUCUUCUCAUUGUUUCAAUCUUUUCUGUUUACAUUACGUCUAUCAUCUUCGGUUUCUCUUUCUUUUGAGCCGGUGUACCAAUGGCUUACCCGAAUACCCGCCCAACCCGCCCCACCUUCCUACAUGCAGCCAUUAUAUGUACAACUAUCUUCUUUACUGCCUUAAUUGUAUUAAUUUUAUGGCUUAGUCUCCGCCCACAUCCUCCAAAAUUUCACAUCCAUGAUUUUAUAGUUACGGGUUCGGGUCAGCCCAAUGGGCUUCAAAAUAUCCGGAUAACUUUCAAUGUCACGGUUCGCAAUAGGAACCCGAGAAUAGGUAUUUAUUAUGAUUCUUUUACUGGGUCGGUCUUUUAUAAAGAUCUUUUAAUUGGAUCUACUCGUUUAUCCGACCCGUUUUAUCAAGGGCCCAAACACACUGGCCUUAUUUUUCAUGUGUUACCGUUGUCACCAUUAACGACGAAUAAUCAGCGUUGGAUGGAGUUUGCCGAUGAUCUGGCAAAAGGAAUGGUGGGAUUGCGUUUAGAGUUGAUAUCAACUGUCCGAUAUAAAACAAAGUUAUGGGAUACUAAGCGCCAUCGCAUGCACCCCAAAUGUGAUGUUAUGGUGGGCUCAGAUGGACUCAUCUUACCAAGCUAUAAGGGCCGGAAAUGUCCCACUUAAUGGGCUAAGUGCAAUGCCAUCUUACUUUUUAGUUUAACCAUUUUUUUUUAAUUUCUUUUUACUGUCCAAACAUUUAGAAUUGUCAAUAUUAACCAUCAUAUUCAAUUAUAGUCAUUUGUUCAAAGUGAAAUAAAAAUCAGUUUAAUUA